GGUCUUUUUAAUAAUGUACACGUUUUUUAUUCAGCAAAGUUUCAUAUUCAAAAGAAAUAUGAACUAUUUCUGUAAUACGAGCAUUUUACACAGGCACUGAACGGGCAACCCUGACUGUCACUGUUCUUCAAAUUGUUCAGAGAAGUCGGACAGUGAGAGACUGACUGCUUUCUAAAUGGAGCAGAUAAACUGGAUUUAAACUAAACGUUAUUACCACCGAACACAUUUUAAGUGGGAGUGCGGUGAGUGGCCGUGAUGGGUGACGUGGAGCUGGAGCAGUCCGUUGCUCAGACAGAGGAGCCACAACAGCACACCCCCUCCACAGCCUCCUCUGUGUCCAUCUCAUCCUCGCCGUCCCAUUCUCUGCCCUCCUCCCCGUCCUCCGGACCGUACCACCAUCACCAACCCACCAGUUCCACCCCCAGUCCCACUCACAGCGAUGGUCCGGCCAUCCCCAGCCCAUCCCUGGGCGUAAUCUCGGAGGGCGUGACCGAGCUGACCCUGGUCAUCGACCCUGAGGUGGCCAAGAAGGCCUGUCAGGAGGUCCUGCAGAAGGUCAAGCUCCUCAAAGGCGAAGGUGAGGGGUCAGGGUUCGAGGGUGGCUGUGGUCCAGACCCAACACUGGCCAAUGGGACUGUACAUAACAAGCCUACUGACCCAGUCAGCGUUGGAGGCGGGGGGAUCAUCAAGCCACAGAAAAUCCAUGAGGAAGAGGACCCCGAGUCCCUGACCCCCGGCUCGGUGAAAAGCGCGAGGAGGCGCCAGCGCCACAACCCUUCCAAACAGUCCUGGCUGCUGCGUCUGUUUGAGUCCAAGCUCUUUGACGUGUCCAUGGCCAUCUCCUACCUGCACAACUCCAAAGAGCCGGGCGUCCAGGCCUACAUCGGUAACCGCCUGUUCAGCUUCCGCCACGAGGAGGUGGACUUCUACCUGCCGCAGCUGCUCAACAUGUACAUCCACAUGGAUGAGGACGUGGGGGACGCCAUCAAGCCCUACGUGGUGCACCGCUGCCGCCAGAGCAUCUCCUUCUCGCUGCAGUGCGCCUGGCUGCUUGGCGCCUACUCUUCCGACAUGCACAUCUCCACGCAGCGGCACUCGCGCGGCACCAAGCUGCGCAAGCUCAUCUUCUCUGAUGAACUCAAGCCGGCAGGUCUCAGAGCCCGCCGGCCGCCCGCGCUGACACCCUUCUGCCCCCUUCCGAAUGCCACGCCGGCCUUGCACGGGCACGGCGUGGGCGGGGAGCACGGUCUGUCCCCGACCAAGCGCACGCAUCAGCGCUCCAAGUCGGACGCCACAGUCAGCAUCAGCCUGAGCAGCAACCUGAAGAGGACGGCCAGCAACCCCAAGGUUGAGAGCAGCCAGGACGAGGAUCUGAGCUCCAGCUCUGAAAGUCUUGAGUGUGAAAAUCAUGAUUGUAAGACUGGUACACCAGUGCGUCUGACGCCCCAGAGGGAUUUCAUUAAGUCCCUGAUGGGCAUCGGGAAGCGGCUGGCCACUCUGCCCACCAAGGAGCAGAAGACCCAGCGGCUCAUCUCGGAGCUGUCGCUGCUCAACCACAAGCUGCCUGCCCGCGUCUGGCUGCCCACCUCCGCCUUUGACCACCACGUGGUCCGCGUUCCCCACACACAGGCCGUGGUGCUCAACUCCAAAGACAAGGCUCCGUACCUCAUCUACGUGGAAGUUCUGGAGUGCGAGGACUUUGAGACCUCCAGUGUUCCGGUUCGCAUCUCCGAGACGAGGAUCCGCAGCACGCGCUCGGUGGAGAACCUCCCGGACUGCGGCAUCACGGCGGAUCAGCGCGCCGUGAGCUUCUCCACGGUCCCCAACUACGAUGACGACAACGAGGCCUGGUCUGUGGACGACAUCGGGGAGCUGCAGGUGGAGCUCCCAGAGAUCCACACCAACAGCUGUGACAACAUCUCCCAGUUCUCCGUGGACAGCAUCACCAGCCUGGACAGCAAGGAGCCCAUCUUCAUUGCCGCUGGAGAUAUCAGGCGACGUCUCUCGGAGCAGCUGGCUCACACACCCACCACGUUCAGACGGGACCCAGAGGACCCUUCAGCAAUGGCCCUGAAGGAGCCGUGGCAGGAGAAGGUUCAGCGAAUAAGGGAGGGCUCUCCCUACGGUCACAUCCCUACCUGGCGGUUAUUGUCAGUCAUUGUCAAGUGUGGUGACGACCUCCGGCAGGAGCUCCUGGCCUCACAAGUGCUGCAGCAGCUCCAGGUCAUCUGGGAACAGGAGCGUGUGCCUAUUUGGAUCAAACCCUACAAGAUCCUGGUUAUCUCCUCUGACAGUGGCAUGAUCGAACCCAUAGUAAAUGCAGUGUCCAUCCACCAGGUGAAGAAGCAGAGCCAGAUGCCUCUGCUGGAUUACUUCCUGCAGGAGCACGGCACCCACACCACUGAGGCCUUCCUCACGGCCCAGCGCAACUUUGUCCAGAGCUGUGCGGGCUACUGCCUCAUCUGCUACCUGCUGCAAGUUAAAGACCGACACAACGGCAACAUCUUAUUGGAUGCCGACGGCCACAUCAUCCACAUAGACUUUGGCUUCAUCCUGUCUAGCUCGCCCCGCAACCUGGGCUUUGAGACCUCCGCGUUCAAACUCACCAGCGAGUUUGUAGAUGUGAUGGGUGGUCUGGACGGAGACAUGUUCAACUACUAUAAGAUGCUGAUGCUGCAAGGCCUGAUAGCGGCACGCAAACACAUGGACAAAGUCAUCCAGAUAGUGGAGAUCAUGCAACAAGGAUCCCAGCUUCCCUGUUUCCACGGCUCCAGCACAAUCCGCAGCCUGAAGGAGCGUUUCCACAUGAGCCUGACCGAGGAGCAGCUACAGGUACUGGUGGAGCAGAUGGUGGACGGCUCCAUGCGCUCCAUCACCACCAAGCUCUACGAUGGCUUCCAGUACCUCACCAACGGCAUCAUGUGAACAAGUGUGUGUCUGAGUGGGUGUGUCUGAGUGGGUGUGUCUGAGUGGGUGUGUCUGAGUGGGUGUGUCUGAGUGGGUGUGUCUGAGUGGGUGUGUCUGAGUGGGUGUGUCUGAGUGGGUGUGGGUGUGUCUGAGUGGGUGUGUGUGUGUGUGUGCGCACAUGUACAGUGGACGUACAUGGACUGGACUCACGGGCGCUUCCGGACUGGAGAGGCCACACCACUGGCAAAGACCACUCCUUAUUAGCCUCUUUACGUCUCUACUGAGCGAAUGUUUCUUUAUAAUUCUAUUUCUAACAACCUCAACCCUUUGAACUGAAAUCUUUCCCCACAGGAUUCUUUUUUUUACUUAGUCUGGAGAGUUUCAGUUAAGUUUUUCUUUCUGACCUUUUCCUUCCCCAUAUUUGUGGUUCCUGCCCUACGUUUGCCCUUUUUCCAUUAGCUUCUGUAGUCUUUUGGCCCCUUAAAUCUUGGAAUUUUCUGUAUUUACUUCAAGAAAUAUACUUCCCACUUCACAGUAUGUAAUGGUCCAGUUUCCCUGUGCCUCAGCAGAGAUUCACAACAACCACCAGCCCUUUCAUCUGUCUCAGCCAAGAGUGCGGGGACGUCUCCAUGUAUAUCACACACAUCUAUAUUAUUUUGGCUUUCUCAUUUUCUCCGUCACUGAGUGAACGCUCAUCCUGAAAUACUUUACAAAUGAUUCUGUCAUUAGACCGUUGUGAUAACUGUUCAAAAUAAGACUUGUGAAGACGUCCUAAUACCCCCAGAGUGGGUUUGAACUUAGGCACAAGAAGUUCUAUACAAUGGUGUAUCUUAGGUCAGAUCUUUAGUUUUUUUCCUGUCUGUCUAUUAUACAUCGUUGUGUGUACAGAGGGAUGGCAACACUCAACUGUGAAGAUGUAUUUUUUGCCUGGUUAUCUCUUUGGAGGAGGUGAGGGAAGCAGCCUACUGCUGUCUGUAGUCUGUAAUGAGGCACACUACACUUGCUCUGCCAGUCUGAACAGACAAUAGAAAAGCUGAGAAAAGAAAUACAGUCAGGACACCGGUGUGAUGAAAAUACCUCAAAAGAACCUAGUUCUUUGCGAAACCAGUGCAGGCUAAAACAUGAAGAAAAGUGUCCAUUUGACUAAUGGUGUUGAAUUAAACAUUUCGGCAUACUUUUACAUUGAGGUUGAUAAGGAUAGAGUCAAUAGACUGAACAAUCUGUAUGUCAUUAUGUGCUGGGUAAAGAUGCGAAUACUUUCCUUGCAGUUUUUUCUAAUCCAUUCAUCUCACUAAAAGCUUGAGUUUCACCUGUUUCUUAAAAAAUGUUUGAAUGAGUAAGGAGAAACCAUUUACAAGCCAAAAUCCUAAUUAACUUUCAAGUUUUUCUACUACCUUUUCUGUUUUUGCCCAACCUUGUAUUUCUUUAUGAACUGAUAUUUAAUUGACCAGAUCUUAUGAUCAUGUGACUUCCCCUAACUUGUGAAUGUUCCUAUGUGUAAUAAAUUAAAGGUCCUUGUCUCAG